CGCGUAUCGUGAACCUGCCAUCAGUAAGGUCACAACGUUCCUUAACUUCCUUUUUCGUCACUUAUUUUCCCACAUAAAAGCAUCUCACACUGUGAACCAUCAUGAUAACGCCUCCUUAUGCGAUGCUAACAUGAUUGAAAUAUUGACAUAGUACUGUCACUGCCGUCCAGUCAGGGCCUCAUUGUACGUUGUACAUUGCACCGCCUUGAAUUGACGCCCGCUAGUAAUGCACAAAUAGUAAACGGGAUGCAUACGAUGUAACGAUAUAUGAUAAUUUGGGAUUUCCCCCACAUAUUCCUCUGCCAUUAUUUCACCUCAAAGUGCGGUGAAUAAUGCGCUUACUACUGACCAUAUUCAUCUUCCUUUGUCUUGUUGGAGCCAUCCAAGCUCAAGCUGCACCUAAUACAACAAAUGCAACUAGUAGUACUCCUACACCCCACAGUUCUGAACUCCCACCAUCAUUGACGAGCAGAAGCUUAUGGACCAUCGUCUCUAGCUCUGUUCUCACUCUCUUUGCGUGCACAUACAGUGCUAUUCACCCUAAUAUUCUGAGUCCCAAGGAUAGCCCAUAUGGUAUCCUACGGCGACAAUUAGGCAUCAUCAUAAUGGCACUAAUCGCCCCUGAACUGAUCGUCACAUGGGCUAUGCGCCAGUGGUUCAGCGCCCGCUGUGUUACAAUACAGUUCGAGAAAUCAGGCUAUCCCAAUAUUCGCCCGGAGUCUGAAGAACAAUACGUUCAAGGUCCCCAACUUUACACUCUAUCUCGCACCCCAAAUACGUCUUCUCGUGACUCGCCUGCUUCUCAAGAUCAAGAUACCACCCGGGUUCUCUUAGCGCAUCCUGAAGCGCCCACCCCAAGAUAUGGGGGGACUCGUGUUCUUGCGAAGCCAUUCAACAAGUUGUUUAAGGGUUAUCUUUCAGAGCAAUAUGAAGAUUAUGCGUGGACAUUUACGAAGCCCCUCAAGAAGAUGUUUAAGACCUAUGUUUCAGAGCGUUCUGAAGAUCAUACGUGGACUCAGACGCACAGCUUCUUUGUGCUGAUGGGUGGUUUCAUGCUUUAUGUGGACGGGGAACCCUACCUUACACUACGGCCUGAUGACAUUCUGGAACUGACACGUAAAGAGUGUAUCGACGUCCCUAUCCUAACGGCAAACCAAAUCUACGACAGGAGCAAAGGCAAUGCGAUAUCGAAAGGAUUGGUCAUGCUUCAGGUGGCCUGGUUUGUUACGCAGCUCAUCAUCCGCACCUUCCAUCGCCUCGAAGCCGCCCAGCUCGAAGUGGGCACACUCGCUUUCGCGGUUCUCAAUUUCCUAACUUAUGCUGUGUGGUGGGACAAGCCUCUCAAUGUGCAAUGUCCACAUCCAGUGUACUGGAAGUCAACCGAGUCAAGGCCAGAGGAUUACAUCAAUCUCAGUGACAGAGACAAACCCGCUCGGCUUGGGAUCUUCUCUCCAGUUCUCAGCCCAAUUAUAGAAUUGAUAGGCUUGUUUGACGUUCCCACAUCCAUAAUGCUCCGAGUUCCAACAUUUGAUGGCAGUAUCAAACUCAAACGUUCGGACAUGAUGGUCAUUCAGCUUGCUGCACUGAGUAUGGCAACCAUAUUUGGUGGCAUCCAUUGUACGGCUUGGUUUUUGGUCUUCGCCACACAUCAGGAACAGCUCCUAUGGCGCGUAUGUGCCCUCACUAUAACUGGCACACCCUGGCUUUUCUAUUUUGCGACUUCCACAUUUGAUUCAAGAGGUACAGCAGUCCUGAUAUUCCUAUAUUUUCUGAUUGGAUUGGUAUCUAUCAUACUGUACAUCACAGCUCGUGCCAUCCUCUUGAUACUUAUGUUCACCUCGUUGCGCUAUCUUCCUGUUCAAGCGUACAAGACGGUGAAUUGGGUUAGUUUGGUGCCGCACUUGUAGUUCCUGAUUACGGUACUUGUGAUACGCCUCGUACUUUUGUAGUUAUAUCCAGAUGUAGCAUUUUUGUAGUCGACGAUGGACCUCAGGCUAGGUAGUAGUAGGUAGUAGUACGUAUACCCAAAUACACGAUCACAUGGUGAUAUGACGUGAAC